AUGCCACACCGGGUCCCCUGGCGCGUCCAGGUUACCGACCACCCCGGCUCCACCCGCGAGGAUAUCGACAGAGAACCGGACUGGAAAUCCCCCCACGGACACGGCCACCGCGUGGGGUUCAAAAACAAGCAGGGCGAUCGGCUGCCGGGCAUCACGCACCGCGACGAUGAGCGCCUGGACGAGGCCGAGGAGUUGGGCGAGGAGGCGAAAGCAGAGCUCGAGAAGCUGAAGGCGAAGGCGAAGAAGGGAGAUUUGAUCAAUUUUAGAGACGUGAUCACGGGGGAAAAGGAUCUGCAUUUACGGCACCCCGAGAACAGGAGUCUGGGGUGGCGGUAUGUCGUCGAAUUUACGGAAGAUUGGGUUAAGAACGAGGAAGAGUGGCCAGCGAAUAUCAAGAGGAGGCAGCAGGAGGAGGAAAAGAAAAGGAAAGAACAAAGGGAAAAAGGUCAAAAUGAAGGAGACCAGGGGAGUAAGAGCAAAGACGGGGAUGAUUCCAAGGACUCGAAAGACUCCAAGGAUCAAGAUCAGGGCAACCAAGACGAAGAGAAGUGGAAGCGCGAGACUGGCCAGGAUAGCAAGCACCACGAUGCAUACUUAUACAAAGCUGGCUCAGACUCAGGCCACUCGAACGACGACUCGGAAACGCACAAGUCCGAGUGCGAGAAGCUAUGGGAACGAUAUUCCCCACAAGAAAUUGCUCUCCUGCGAGCCCUGCAGCAUGAAAAGGACUACAUCGCAAAACUCGAGCAAAACGACGGAAAACGCAAGAGCCCACAACACAACAACCGCAGUACAAUCUCGAUCGACGAGGCCGAUCAAUUCUCGCCGGACAACUGGCUUCCUCGUUCGUCUGAUCUGAUCCGCUUGACUGGCAAGCAUCCUCUCAAUGCUGAAGCGCACCUCACACACCUAUACGACGCAGGCCUCAUCACACCCAAUGAGCUGCAUUAUGUCCGUAACCACGGCGCUGUUCCAAGGUUGUUAUGGGAGUUCCACCGGUUGGACAUAGAAAACGGUAAACUUACGCUCUCCAUGGACGACCUCAAGGACAAGUUCGAUUCUGUGAACAUUCCUGUCGCUUUAGCCUGCGAUGGCAACCGUCGUAAAGAGCUCAAUCUGAUCAAGAAGUCGAAAGGCUUCAGCUGGGGCGCAGGAGCUGUUAGUUGUGCAUACUGGAAGGGUCCGCUGCUGAGAGACGUUCUGCUCAAAGCUGGGAUAGACCACAAGAUGCCAGACGGUAAGCGCUACUGGGUAAACGUGGAGGGUGCCGAUGAGCCGAGCGAGGGCAAGUACGCGACCAGCAUACCUUUUGACUACGCCAUGGAUCCGACGAAUGAUGUGAUACUGGCUUACGAGAUGAAUGACACGCUUCUGCCACCGGAUCAUGGAUACCCUGUGCGAUUGAUAAUUCCAGGAUACGUGGGUGGCCGUUGCAUCAAAUGGCUCAAGCGCAUCUGGAUAUCCGAGAAGGAGAACGACUCGUACUACCACAUCUGGGAUAACCGUGUACUUCCGUCAUCCGUGACAGAGAAGGAUGGCGAGUUUGCCGAGACGCUUUUCAGACACCCUGACACGGCAUGCAACGAGCAGAAUCUCAACUCGGUUAUCGUCAAGCCAGCACAAGGCGAGAAGUUACCCCUGGCGUCGGCAACAAAGGGAAAGACAUAUCGCAUUGAGGGCUACGCAUACGAUGGCGGCGGACACGAAGUGCAAAGAGUCGAAAUUUCGCUCGACAACGGAGAGUCAUGGCUGUAUUGCAUCAGGAAAUUUCCCGACGCGCCAAUUCGCCAUGGCAAGAAAUUUUGGACAUGGCUGCACUGGCAUAUUGAUGUUGACUUUACACAUCUUCUUCGAGCGGAAAGUAUCACAGUACGCUGCUUCAACGUAUUCAAGAACACCCAGCCUCAACACGGUAGCUGGAACGUCAUGGGCAUGAUGAACAACGGCUGGUACGUUGUCAAGCCCUUUGUCAUCCAGGAAGACGACUCCGAGACUCCCUCUAUUCUCUACAAACACCCUGUUGAGCCAGGGACGGGCGAUGGCGGCUGGAUGAAGCCUAGCACAGAAAACCAAAUCGCAGCUGCAAAGCAGGAGGCUGGUGCUCCAUCGAAGCAGUUCACAAGAGAGGAGAUCGAGAAACACGACAAGGAUAGCGAUUGCUGGAUUGUUGUCGACAACAAAGUGUACGACGCGACUAGUGUGCUGGAUUGGCAUCCAGGUGGUAAGGCGGCGGUUAUGAGCCAUGCUGGAAAGGUGCAUGCCGAGACGAGCAGCGAGUUUGAGAGCAUACAUGACGGGCACGCGUAUCAGAAACUCAAGGAAUGCAUUCUCGGUACGGUGACCGACAAAGCUGCGGCCUUCAUCAAGCAGAGCGCAGAAGCUGCGGCGAAAGAGAAGGCCGAGUCAUCUCAAGGCUCAGACAAGAUCACACUGCAGAAGCACAGAUGGGUGCCAGUCAAGCUGCUCGACUGCAAGUCCAUUUCGGACGACACGCGAGCCUACACAUUCCAGCUUCCCGAUGGAAAGCCAGAUCUUGGUCUCGGAACGUGCCAGCACGUACAACUAGGCUUCCACAUGAAGGACCGCAUGCUCAUCCGCUCCUACACACCCACGAAGCCCCUGCUCCCCGGCGGAAAAUCUGGGGGCGGCAAGAACAAUGACUUCCGCGACGGCAACGGCACCUUCGAGCUCACUGUCAAAACGUACUUCCCCACCGACGAGCAGCCCGGCGGUGCCAUGUCCAACAUUCUAGACUGCCUGCCUAUUGGCGAGGAGAUUGAGAUUCGCGGCCCGACAGGGGAAAUCACGUACAACGGCAACGGCUCCUUCACAAUCUCAGACAAGGAAUACACGUUCAACCGCAUCAACCUCGUCCUGGGCGGAAGCGGCAUCACGCCCGGCUAUGCACUGCUCGCGCGCGCCAUGCUUUCGUCCGACGACGAGACAGAGAUUCGUGUCGUCGACGCCAACAAGAGUGAGAAGGACAUCCUGCUGAAAGAAGCACUUGAUGGGUUUGAGAAGGACAGCAACGGUAGGCUGAAGGUCACGCACGUUCUGAGCCAUCCAAGUGAUGACUGGAAAGGCAAGAAGGGACACGUUGAUGCGGAUAUCAUCAAGGAAGCAUUGUUUGAGCCGGGUGAGAAGACGGGGGUUUUCUUGUGUGGGCCCCCAGCCAUGAUCCAGAAGGCGGCGCUGCCGGCGUUGAGAGAUUGGGGGUUCAAGGAGGAUGAGAACGUGUUCGGGUUCUGA